AUGGGGGGAGAGAAGACUUCUAUCUACAUCUACACCCUCCUCACCCUGAGCUCCACACUGAGGAGACACCACACAGGUUUGGCGCUCCCCCUCUCUGAACAGACGCCAUCUUGGGAGGUGUUUCCUGAGCUGAGUAGGGGUGAGGGGCGCAGGGUGACCCCGCAGGAAGUGGUUGGGGACCCUCCCAGUCACCUGCAGCUCUCCCUGGUCAUAAAUGGAACUCGGAUCCUGAUGGACCUCCAGCAGAACCGACACCUGACUCCAGACUUCCACACGUUGUCCUUCUACCUCCCGGACGGGACUCUUGUGACAGAGAACCGCCCUCAGCGGGUGAGCUGCUAUUAUCAGGGACGGCCGGAGGGACACAGCGGGCCCUGGAGUAGCCUCAGUCUCUGCUCCGGACUCAGGGGUGUGGUCAUUUUGGAGGCGGAGCAGCAGUACAGCAUCGAGCCGGUCCCGGGGGAUCUAUCCUUUAAGCACAUACUUCGACCAAUCAGUGAUCAUCGGAACAUGACUUGUGAGACGCAGGACACGCCCCCUGGUACAUCUACCAAUCAGAAGACUGGGAGGACUCUGCUAAGUAUGGGAGACCCCCAACCCAGCCAAGAGGAUGUGGCGUUACCACCCCGGCAGGAGGAUCCUCCCACCAGGCGCAGGGGGGCGGGGCCGACGAGACCAAGUACGUGGAGCUGGUGUUGGUGGCUGACCAUAGCGAGUAUGAGUUGUAUAACCGCGACCUGAGCACCCUCCACAGCCGGACCCUGGAGAUCGCCAACCGGAUGGACGCCAAUUUUAUUUAUUUUUUUUAUUUUUUUUGUUUUAUUUCUUUUUUAA